AUGGCUCCUUCAAUCAACGACGUCCCUGUUGCUCCUACCAUCUCCCCUUCGGCCUGCAAGGUCGGCAUCAAUGGCUUCGGUCGGAUCGGCCGCAAUGUCCUCCGUGCUGCUCUCGUCCGCUCCGAUAUCGACGUCGUCGCCAUCAACCAUACUUGCGUCACCGUUGAAGACUUGAUCUACCUGAUCCGCUAUGACUCCUCCAUGGGCGAUCUGGACGAACGAACCGAUAUCCAGGCACACUCAAACAACCUCAUUACCAUCGAUGGCAAGCGUAUUGCCCUGACGUCAGAGCGUGACCUCAAGCAGCUCAACUGGGCAACCCUGGGCGUCGACUAUGUCCUCGAAUGCACCGGAAAAUUCACCAAGCGUGACCUGGCCAUGGACCACGUCAACCACGGCCAGGCUAAGCGGGUGCUCAUCUCAGCUCCCAGCUCCGACUCUCCCACUUUUGUCUACGGUGUCAACUCGGAUUCCUAUACACCUACUGAAGACUGCCGUGUCGUCUCCAAUGCCAGCUGCACCACCAACUGUGUGACCCCGGUUCUGAAAGUGCUCGACGAGACCUUUGGCGUUACCCAGGGCUUCCUGACUACUGUUCACGCUGCUACCCGAUCCCAGCAGGUUCUGGAUGGAUACAGCAAGAAAAAUCGCCGUCUCGGUCGUGGCGUCUUUAACAAUAUCAUUCCCACAUCCACCGGCGCCGCCAAAGCCGUCGCAGCUGUUCUCCCUGAUCUGAAGGGUAAGGUCACCGGCGUGUCCAUCCGCGUACCAACUAUCAAAUCCAGCCCCAACGUCUCCAUGAUCGACCUCACAAUCAGCACCACCAAGCCCACAUCUCUCCAAGAAAUCCUCAGCGCCUUCCGUCUCGCCUCGAAAACCACCAUGGCCGGCGUUCUUCGCGUAACCGACGAAGAACUCGUCAGCCAGGAUUACAACGGAUCUCCGUACAGCGCUAUCAUCGAUGCGCCUGCGUGUUCUGAGCUGAACCCACAGUUCUUUAAGAUUAUGGCGUGGUAUGAUAAUGAGUGGGGAUACUCGAACCGCUUGCUGGACUUGACGACUCAUGUGCAUGCCCUGGAGGUUUAG